AUGGAAGGUACAAAGUUCUUUGCAGAGGCUCCUGAUGUCUCGCUUAGGCUGGUGGGGGGAAUCGUGGGUUGUAAGGAAUUUGUGGUGCAUGAUGGGAAUGUGUUUUGUUUGACAAGCAGGAAUACGCUGGUUGCUCUGCCCUCGCACGAGGAGUACGAGUUUUAUGAAGACAUACUCGGCAUGGGGAUUCACGAGCAUUAUAUAUAUCUAGUGUUCAUGACCUCCAAGAUCAUUGUCUUUGACGCCAUCUGCAGAGAGGUUGUUGUCAACUUUCCGGGGAUGGGCGAAUGCAUUAGAAAGGUGGUGGUCAGCAGCAACGGAAUGUACCUUCUCUCUGAGAAUGGCUUCUUGUACAAAUCUGGAUUUGGAAACAUAAAAUAUGUUAAGCAGGCUGUUGCAUGCGAAACGGAGGAUAGAAGAUCGGCGAUACAGGACUUCUGGGUUGAUGGAGACUCUGUCUUCUAUGCUACGCACAUCGGGCACGUCUACAGAGACUCGAGAAUGAUACUGAAGGCUUUCGAUGCUGUUCGGAUGCUAGUGCCCCAUAGUGAGCAUCUGUACAUAGUGACCGGGAGAAAUCUGCUCUUGAAAUACAACACCAGAAGGCUGAGGGUUCUUUUCAAGGCGGAUGUCGGAAGUUCCAGAGUCAUUCGAGAUCAUCUUGUAGCCUGCGACGGCACAGCAAUCGACCUCUCCAGAGAAGUUUUCAUGAAGAUUCCGAAGGAUGCGAGAUGCAUAGUCAGAGCAGGGAAGACUCUGUAUGUCCUGACGCCAUCGGGGGUUUUUGCUGGAGCAUCUGGAUGA